GUACCAUCACAACAACCAUAUUAAUUCCAACAACCACCAUAAUGAGCGCUAUCAACAUUGCUGUCAAAAUCUUUGGCCUGAGCUCUGCAGCUUGGCUUUCUGGCAACAUCUCAGCACUAUCGAUGGUAUCUGUCCCAGCGGUCGCCAACAUCAAAGCCGACUCCAAACUCUCCAACGGCCACGCGGUCAGGAUCUGGGAACAAAACUUCUCUCUCGGAAAAACUCAAAACCCACCCAUCGCACUUGCGUCGGCGGGCUCUCUUGCUUUCCUAGCAUGGUCGUCUCGAAGUCUUCGUACAGUUACUGCGGUAGGCUUGAGAUCCAGUCCCUUGUUUGCUGUAGCGGCGGUAACGACAAUUGGCAUUGUGCCUUACACGAUUGCAUGCAUGACGACAACGAACAAUCAGUUGCUGGCGUAUGCUGAGAAGGCAAAGAAGGACGACCUUUCCGUCACAGAGACUGAGGACGUUGAUGUGCUUUUGCAGCGAUGGACUUCAUUGAAUCGUGUCAGAGGUCUUCUGCCAUUGGCUGGUGCAGUCGCUGCUGGUCUCGCUGUUAUUGCUUGAAAGUCGCUUUGAUCGUUUCACUGAGCGAUAGGAUUGGAUUGCAGAAUUGAUUCAACGACACAGUCUCUCGAGAAGGGGUACGAGACUCUGUUUCAUGGUUAUCGGCAGGACAACAGGAUGACGACAUGUAAUAUGGCUUGCAGGGCUCGGGUUUUGAUUGAUAUUGCCGAGCAGAUUACAUAUAAUGACGCGACAACAUGGUCC